CAGAAGAUUGACGUACAAGACGAGACCCAUUGGAAGCAAUCCUUUUGAGACAGAUAGAUCUUCAAACAGCAAAGAUGAUGCCAUUCUGUACCGUCGUGGAAAAGUGCAAUGGUGUGGUGGUGGGAGCUAAGCUGUCUUGCAGUGUUAAGGAGGAGAACAAGGCUCAGAGGGAGAGCUACAGUGCUGAUUGGCACAGUGUUAGACUCAACACUCAACCUGAGGACAGGCAGACAAUGAACAUGAAAGACGACUCUCGCAGGGAGACUAUGUCUCGACUGUGGAACGCCCGUUCUCUGGUACAGACCUGCCCCUCUGGUGUCUUCAGAGUGGGCACUAUGGAAAGAGGGGUGAGGGAGCACCAGCUGCUGCCAAAGAGAAACACCCUCCCCUUGCCCAUCUUCGUCCCCGCAGAGCUGGGUGUCAGGCUCGGUCGUGGAGCACCACACACCGAGGAGGACCUGCGGCCUUUCCCCACCCCAGACGGAGCCUGUCCAAGCAAGAGGACAGUGGACGACAUCACAAGAGACCUGCCCCCAGUCAAGCCGACCCUCAUGGAGUUCUCCAAAGCACCCAAAGCUCUGGGUCGCUCCAUGUCCCAGGAGGCCCAGAGAGGGUGAAAAACGAAAGGACAAAGAGAGAAAGAGGGGAUGUUAGGGAGAAAAAUAACAGAUGGGGGAGGAUAGUCGUGUCAGAAAAGAGCUUGACAAGAUGUAUAUGCAUUUAUCCCUAGUGACAUUUAUCAUAAAUCCUACCUACUGUAGAUCUUUAGCACUAUCUGUGGUAAG